AUGCUCGUCUCGUACCAGGAGGGCGAGGAGGUGCAGGCGACGCCUGGCUUCGAGACCAUCAAGACGCUGCCCUCCUUCACGACCAUCACCGAGAGCGUUGUGGUGGGCAUGCCCCUCAAGCUGACCGUCGACCUCUUCGACUGCCCCGGCGUGGUGGUGCUGGUGCACGACGAUGCGACCGUGAUCGACGCCGACCUCGCGACCAUCCGCAAGCUCGAGGAGGAGUGCAAGCUCUUCGAGGUGGCGCCCCGCAAGAGCAAGGCCUGCAAGUUGCGAUGA